CCCUUUACCACCAAUCCUCAUUAUCCUGAAUCAAUUAAAAAUGGUGUUCGCUCGUGCUCAUGUCCUUCGCGCUUCUGCUCGUGCUGUUGGAGCCGCAUCUCGUAGACCGGCGCAGCAAUUCGCUCGUCGCACAUACGCUUCUGAAUCAUCACACGGUGUCCAGAAAUCCAGUGACCUGCCAUGGUUGCUGGGAUCGGUGGGCUUAGGCGUGCCGGCUGCCUAUUACUUGCUCUCCUCUGGCCCUGAAAAGAAGCCACAUGGCGACCACGGAGACCACGGAGACCACCAUGAAGCUGUGAAAGAGACGGAGAAGGAGGAGGAACAGGCCCCUGCGGGAGAAUCCGAGCCUCAGCCCGAUCGGGAUGCGGAGCAGAAGGUCGAGGCCGGGAGUUCUUCGUCUUCAGCCGGCGAGAAGGGUGGAUCAUUUGGAGAGCCCCCAUCUAAUGUUGACGAGGCUUCGGCGCGCGGGGGAACUGGGGGACCAGCCACUAUAUCCGGGAAGCAGGAGGGCCUCUCCAAUACCGACACCUCCAACCCGUAUGCGAAUGAGCCGGGAAAGAGCCAGAAAGGAGAGGGAGAAACCGAGACGGCUAAGGUGAAGGGCACUGUGGAUCCGGAACGACCCCAGGCCUAGAAAAUGGCACGCUUUUCCCCUGUGCAUUUGUACGAGCGGCGUUCCGAUAGUUGCUUCGGCAUCUUGUGAAUGUAAUACGGCACUGAUCCAACUUCAUGUGGAUUUCCUGCCCUUAAUAAGACACCUUGUAUCUAUAACCACACGAUAGCUUGCUAGCCAAUGUGGCCGAGAUGUUAAUGAUGGACCGUUCUCUUGAGCUUGUAAUCAGCUACUGAGAGCGAAGUGGACCUGAACUUUGAAUCUUGGCGCAGAUAACCUAUCAGCG